AUGGCCACCAUCGUGUGCCCUCCCCCAGUCCUGCUCAGCCCACCCCUGGUGUCCUAUGCCAGACCCAGCUCUGCAUCCAUCCGGGAUGCCAACCUGUACGUCAGCGGGCUCCCCAAGACCAUGAGCCAGAAAGAAAUGGAGCAGCUGUUCUCCCAGUACGGCCGUAUCAUCACCUCACGCAUCCUGGUGGACCAGGUCACAGGGGUCUCUCGGGGUGUGGGAUUCAUCCGCUUUGACAAGAGGAUCGAGGCCGAAGAGGCCAUCAAGGGACUGAACGGGCAGAAGCCGCUGGGCGCGGCUGAGCCGAUCACGGUCAAGUUUGCCAAUAACCCGAGUCAGAAGACAGGGCAGGCUCUGCUCACUCACCUCUACCAGUCAUCUGCCCGGCGCUACGCAGGCCCCCUGCACCAUCAGACGCAGCGCUUCCGGCUGGACAAUUUGCUCAACAUGGCCUACGGAGUCAAGAGGUUCUCACCGAUCGCCAUCGAUGGCAUGAGUGGCCUGGCGGGCGUGGGCCUGUCGGGGGGUGCCGCGGGCGCUGGCUGGUGCAUCUUCGUGUACAACCUGUCUCCGGAGGCGGACGAGAGCGUGCUGUGGCAGCUGUUCGGGCCCUUCGGGGCGGUCACCAACGUCAAGGUCAUCCGCGAUUUCACCACCAACAAGUGCAAGGGCUUCGGCUUCGUCACCAUGACCAACUACGAUGAGGCGGCCAUGGCCAUCGCCAGCCUCAAUGGCUACCGCCUGGGCGAGCGCGUGCUGCAGGUCUCCUUCAAGACCAGCAAACAGCACAAGGCCUGA